UGUCUGUACGCGUAUGGCAGUUUGAACGAUCGAACACGUGCCAUAUGCCUUGAAACACAGAGCGAGAUUAUUGGUUACAAGCUUAUAAAUACGCCUCUGCUUAAACGCACGGAGAUUGGGCGUUCAAUAGUUCAAGAAGAUGGAGUAGUUGGAAGUAAGAAGCGAUCACCAUCACACACACUCAAAAAACAAUGUUGGCCACACGCAUUCUACGUGCUGCUUCAAGUACAAGCACAAUCGCAAGUGCAUCAGCAGGAGCAUCUCAACUAUUACGUGGCAAGAAUACGACUGAAUUGACAGGCUUGGCCGUUCAUCCAUCUCCAUUGAAUGCAUUAGAAUCAAAUUAUACACAAACACUAAAGUUUUUGGAGGGGUUACCUUCUGAAUCAGUUUAUCGUCAAGCUACUCUUGCUCUCACUCAACAAAGAUUCGACGCUUUACAACAAACACAAAAGCAACAUCAACAAGCAUUGAAUAGUGGAGAUGCAAAUCAAGUAGAAGAAGUUAUCGCUGAUUUAGAACGUACUUUGGACGCCGGUCAAAUUGAAGAAGUCAUCAUUCAAGCACAAGAUGAACUUAAGUUGGCAGCAAAGAUGCUAGAAUGGAAAUCUCAUGAACCCUUGGAAAUUACCCCAGGACCGAACCAAUGGAAGUACUUUGACAUGGCAGAGGAGGCAGCCACAGACGAGUAAAGGAGGGUUCAUGAAGCA